UCUCCUCUCCUCUCCUCCCCCGAAGGAAAAAAUAUAAAAUCCUCCGAGCUGCUUCUUCUCUUCUUCCUUUCCCUUCCAGGAGACUCCUGCGUUCUCUUCUCCUGUUUCUUUACUCUCAACCGUUCUCCUUCCUAUUUCUUGAUGCCAAUAAGUGGUUUUCUUGAUGCUAAAAUGUAUCCUAAGAGUCUUCUGAUCCUCCCCACGAUCAUGUUCGCUUUAUUGCACCGCCGGAAAAACAUUGGAUCGAAACCUAGGGUUUCAUCGGUGACUCGUGGAAAAAAGAGAAGGGCGAAGACUGGUUAUGGCUAAGGAAGAUUACAAAGUGAAUGUGGCAUCCUAAGGGGAAUUUUCCUGCUAUUAUGGGAGACCCUGCAUUUACACCCUCUCGAGACAAGUGGAGUCCAUGUCGGUUAGGCCUGCAGGUUGCUGAGGGUGUGGAAUUUGGUAUAUUGGAGAUGGGUGCAUCAAGGGUAUUUGGUGAUAAUAUAAAAUCCUUCUCUAGAAGCUUCCGCAAAAAGAACUUGCAGCCUUUCAUUCUGUCGGUGCUUGGUAAAUCAUGACAUUUUCAGACGACGAGGAAACUGUACCGGAGUUUGUCACAGAUUACUAUUUUUUGGAUGAUGAUGAGUCUGCAAUCUCGUUCACAGACUUGCCUAUCCAGUUUGAUAGUGCAGAAGAAAUGAAUGCCACUAAUAGGAAAGCUUUUCUGAGCGGAGUCACUGAAGGAGGCCCACUGAAAGUUUAUAUCCAGGUUAUUGCCUGGAGAUUAGAUAUAGGAGAUGAUCAGCCCAAACUCAUGGCGCUUUCUAAAGAAGAGAAAUGGAUAAAUCUUCUCAAACCUAGGAAGAGCUAUGGGGAAAUGAUCAGAACAAUAUUGAUCAUCUUCCAGUUUCUUCAUUUUCUGAAGAAAAAGCCACGAAAAUCUGUGAAGAGCCUUCGAGCUCAUCUAUGUGAAGUUUUUGGGACAUUUGCGUUCAAACAUUUUAAGAAAGACUUUAGGGAAUAUAUUUCCCUUAUUAAGCUGUUCAUUGUGAGAGAUGACACACUAGCAAAAGCUCCGUUGUUGCUGGAGUUUCUUAAUGAGGUUGGAGCAGAUUUGUGUGAUUCAGUUUGUGCUAUUUGUGAUGAUGGUGGGGAACUCUUAUGUUGUGAAGGGAGGUGCAUGAGGUCCUUUCAUGCAACUGAAAGUGCCGGAGAAGAUUCAGGUUGUAAUUCUCUUGGCUACUCUAAGGCUCAAGUUGAGGCAAUUCAGAUAUUUUUGUGUAAGAAUUGCCAAUAUAAUCAACACCAGUGUUUUGCCUGCGGGAAAUUAGGCUCCUCUGAUAAAUCAGCGGGUGCUGAGGUAUUUUGUUGUGUUUCGGCAACUUGUGGUCAUUUCUACCAUCCGAAGUGUGUUGCAGAAUUACUAUGCCCAGAUAAUAAAUCUAAAGCAUCCAAGUAUCAAAAAAGGAUUGCAGCUGGGAAAUCAUUUACUUGUCCUGUUCAUAAAUGUGUUGUUUGUAGACAACGAGAAAACAAAGAGUUUAGAGAGUUGCAGUUUGCAAUGUGCAGAAGAUGCCCAAAGUCAUAUCACAGAAAGUGCUUGCCACGAGAGAUUGCCUUUGAAGAUACAAGAGAAGGUACUGUACAAAGGGCUUGGGAUGGUCUUCUUCCUAAUUGCACCUUGAUAUACUGCCUGAACCAUACGGUGAUGGAAGAGUUAACAACUCCAGCGAGAGACCAUGUUAUAUUUCCUGAUGUUGCUGGAAACAAAAAGAUCAUGGUCAUGCAGAAAAAGGAACUAGAGAUUUUGGCGAAGAAGACAAGCCAGAUUGUAAAUAAGCUUCAAUGCUAUGUGCAACAUGGUGACAUGAUAGUUGACCUCUGCUGUGAUGCUAAUGCUUUCAGUCAAUUGAUGAAAGAAAAACUUGAUGCAUCUGGGAAGAUAUGCCAUUUUCAAAGUUGUGAUAUUAUUCAGCCAAAGAAUUUUUGCAAUUUUGAAAAGAGAGACUGGUUGCAUGCAAAGCCAGGAGAAUUGUCCAUAGGAUCAAAAUUGAUCAUGGUUCUCAAUCCUCCUUCUGGGGUUAAAGCAACUGAUGCCAACAAGUUCAUUGACAAAGCUCUGACUUUCAAGCCAAAGCUCCUUAUUCUUACUGUUCCGGAAGAGACCGAGAGACUAGAUAGAAAAAGUGAACCAUAUGACUUAAUCUGGGAGGACAGUGAAAUGCUUUCAGACAAGUCCUUUUCCUUGUCUGGGUCUGUUGAUGUCAAUGACCAUCAAGCGGAGCAGGGGAAUCUCAAACCACCAGUGCUGUAUCUGUGGAGCCACCCUACCUGGACAAAGAUUUACGAGGACAUAGCCAUGGAGCACGGUCACACAUCUCCAAAGCACAGGCAGCAUUGUGCUGAAGAAGAAAGUCAAAUGCAAAGGCUGGCAACUGCGCCUCUGGUAGAGGAAGAUGCAGAAGAAUGUCGGAAGAAAGAUGCAACUCCAGAUGAGGGUGCACGAAUUUGUAAGAAGAGACCCUCUUCAGAAAACCAUGAGGGUGUAUCUUGUAAAAAAACAUUAAAAUCAAAGCACAAUCCAUGCCAUGCUGAAGAAGAAAGUCGAGUGUAAAGGCAGGCAAAUGUGCUUCCAGUGGAGGAAGGUACAAAAGAAUGUCCGAAGAAAGAUCUCCAGACGAGGAUGCAUGAUUUGGCAACAAAUCAUGAGGGCAUAUCUUGGGAAAAACUAAAAUCAAAGAACAAGGCAGAGGAGUCCCAAGUGGAAUUUUGAAUUGGGGACAAUAUGCUUCCCAAUUUAAUGUGCUUUUCUCCUGGGCCGUUGCCAUAUCCUUAUCCAGGUUCAUCAAGUGGUUGGCUCCCUGUUGGAGAUGCCUUGAUAACUCUUUUUUUUUUUUUGGUUUAAUGGCAGCAGUGCUAUUAUGCAUAUAAUUCCUGAGAAGUAAUGUAUGGUGCACCGGGGUUUUGAUGUAUUUAGAGUUGAUUGGCUGCUUGCCCCAACAAAUAUAUUGUUGCACCUGGAAGCUUUCGGAUGUGCUGUUGCUAAUGUUUUCUUUUGUCCUAUAUAAUACUUGGAACCAUCUUUGUUGAUAUCUUAUCUCUUCAUCAUGGACUCUUCAUUUGA